UUUCUCAGUACUUAAGGAGAUGGCAGUCAGCUGUGACCUAAGAGCUCUGGAGGAGAAAACGCUUACAGAGUUGAGGACGUUUCGUGAACAGUGGAGAAAAGAUGAUCCUUCACUGCCUUAUUUAGACGACGAUAUUUUAGACAAAAUGAAGAAUUUCAUUGCAGAAUGCGUGCAAAUCUCUUGGAGAAUGGUAAACCAGCUUCCACCAUUAAAGAUUGAGCUGGCAAAUAAAGUGCGUAGCCAAAGAUUUGAGGAGUUCUUUGAAAAAGAAGAAGAAGAAAUUACAGAGGAAGUGCCAACCAUGACUAUUUGUGUCUGGCCAGCUCUCACUAACUCCAAAGGUGACGAGGUGCUUGCCAAAGGGAAGGCGGCUAUAAUUCCAAGACCCCAAGCACAAACGUCCGUUUGAACUCAUGGUAGGAUACGCCGGAUAGUCAAUAACCUCUUUUCUACGAACACUCCUUUAAAAAGAGCGAAACAUCUCUCAGCACUACAUUCCAGCAUUCCUUGUUCUCUUUCUUUCUGUUUUUUUUUCUCUCUUUUGUUUUUUGCCUACCAAUUAGUUAUAGCAUAUUUGCUAAUGGCCGAGGUUUAAAUGAUCUCACGGACUUUCAGAGCAGCUUACCUAGAUAACUUCAAAGGGCACGCAAUAAUCUAUUUAAAUUUUAUUCAAUGCAAUAACUAACUUUUUAUGUAGGCGUUUCGGCAAGGCGAGCUCAGCUAGAAACUGAAAUGUCUUCAAUGAGCUGUUGUUAGUAUCAUGUUGUCAUGUAUAGACCCAAUUUAUAUCGUGUUAUAAUCCUGAGUUUAUGGAAAUUAGUUCUCCUGACUUUCAUCUACGAUCUAAACAUCCGUUGAGUUGCGCUUUCAACUCAGCCAAAACCUUUAUAGGCUAGAGCUAACCACGGCACGGUAAAAAACCUAUUAUUCUGACGCAAUAAGUGCAAUUAAAACGAAGAGUCAUAAAGAAAUAUAUGACUCUCUAAGUGUGCAAGUCUCUCAGUUAGAAGAACACCUCAUUUCUUCUAACUUAGGCAGGUCUAAGUCAGACCAGCAAUACGUGGUCGAAAUGUCGCGGACCAACGUCACAAGUAACCAAAUUGUUAGAAAAACAUUUUCGACUUUAUUCCUAUCAAAAAGGCUCGUUAAAAAUUGUAACAUGGAUUACAAUAGAGGUCAGCACGAAGUAAACCAUACCAUGU